GAACUGAUCAGUUGUUGUCUUAGAGAGUUUUCCAUUAAACUGCAAAUAAAAAAAGAUGAAAAUAACAUUCGCUAAGCCCGACGAGGAGACCUCGAAGAAAAUCAAUAGCCUCUUUCCAAUAUCUGAUUGCUUCAUAAAAGUCACACCCGGAAAUGUGAUGGUACCAAGGAAAUAUGAAAAUAUUGCUGAAUCCAUAAGGAAUUUAACGGUCUAUGAGGAUGACACUUGGCUGGUAUCUUAUCCUAGAACUGGUUCGACAUGGGCUCAGGAGAUGAUUUGGCUAUUGGCAAAUAAACUCGACUUUAAAGGUGCCAAAGAGAUGCUGCAAACAAGAUGCCCUUUGAUUGAACUGACCGCUUUAUUUGAUGAGGAUCACAAUGAAUGGAUUAAUUCCGCUGUUGGAAACACUGUUGAACUGGUUCAAAACACUCCACGCCCAAGAUUGGUGCGAUCUCAUUUGCCAUGGGAUCUAUUGCCGAAAGAUCUGGAAAAAGUUUGUCCAAAGAUAAUCUAUACAGCUCGGAAUCCCAAGGAUCUUUGUGUAUCUUUCUACUACUAUUGCAAGCUGGUUCAUGGUUUAAAAGGAACAUUCGAAGAAUUUUCCGACCUCUUUCUCAAGGGUUCCACCCCCAUUGGACCGUAUUUCAGUCAUGUUCUACCAUUUUGGCAGAGACACAAUCAAUCGAAUGUCCUCUUUCUCAAAUACGAAGACAUGAAUCAUGACAUUAAUUCUAUCAUCAAAAAAUGUGCAGAUUUCUUGGAAGUCGAUUACAAAAUGUCCGAUGAAGAUUUGCAGAAGAUCUGUGAACAUUUGCGGUUCGAUCGGAUGCAAACUAAUCCAGCGGUUAAUUUGGAAUACAUGAAUAUUGAAGGUUUGGAUAAGGAUAACAAGGAGAAUAAUUCGAAUUCGAAAUUUAUUCGCAAGGGAAAAAUUGGAGAUUGGAAAAAUAUAUUUUCAUCGGAAUUAUCAAAGAAAUUUGAUGCGUGGACUGAAGAGGAAUUAAAGGGUUCGGACUUGACUUUCGAAUAUGAGUAG